CUUCCAUCUUGGGAUACGUUACUUCGGAUUUCGUCUUAAUUUUGUGUUUUUGUGCUAGUGCGACCGUUAUUCCGGAUUCCGGCUCUUAAAGUUGGACUGCUUGGACAAGUGCUUGUUGUCUACCUUUUUAGCCAUUUAUAGUUUUUAUUGCCGAUGAUUUUGGGCUUGUUUUGAGCCCAUCCUUUUAAUCUUGAAGCGGAUCGCUGACUGUCUCCCACUGAAAUGGCUGAAAACAAGCCGAAGUCGUCCAACCGCAGGGAUGUACCUGAGAAGCGGUUCAGGGUUUACAUCAACAGGGUCCCUGCGAAUAUGACUGAGGCUAAGAUGAAGGAGAUUAUCUCUAGCAUUACGCCCGUGAAGCCAAAUUAUUGCAGAUUAUGUCUGUGCCGCGACAAAUUGACGGGCGACUCUAGAGGGGAAAAGUACCUGCUCCUCGAGUUCGAACGCAGAGAGCCGGCGGACGCAAUUCACCAGAAGCUUCACGGCAAAGAGCCAAACAAUUUUCUAGUGAGAGUGCAGAAGAGGGAGUUUUUCCCAUUUGCCAGUGCCAAAACCUGGGGCCAGCCGCCGAAGAAUUCGUACGAACGGAAUGACCUAGGCAAGGACCAGAAUGGUGCCAGCAGGAUGCUUGCUAGCUCUUCAAACGAGAUCAGGGGCUUCCAGGGCUCAUUCGGCAGCCCUCCCGCGCAGUCGAGCCCGAUGAUGGGCGUGCCGACCCUGCGGCGAAUGACCGAGGGUGGCCAAGUUUGCAUCGGCUGCGGCUGCGUGACCCAGCUCAACUGCUCCACGUGCUUCACGCCCUUCUGCAGCAGUUUCUGCAUGGGCAAAUUCUGCCAGCCCAGUCACCCUUAUGAGUGCCGCUGCCUCCUUGUUGACCCCAGUUCACCGAUGGAGAUGCAAGUUCCUAGCUUCAAUUCCUGGUUCAAGAAUUGGCACAGAACGAACAAUGCCAAGCCAAAGUUUGGUGAGUGUUCAAAGACCAUCAACAACAACAACAGCAUUGUCGCCCGUGGUGGCGGCUUGAGGCCAAAGCCAUCGUCGUUGGACUCGUCUGACACGGCUUCUGGUGGCAGCACCGGCAGCAUCAACAACUCCCUAGAGGAAUCUGUGCAGAACCUGAGCCUGCAGGACUCUGAGAGCGAGUCCAACUCCAAGAAGAGCGAGCAGUACGAGGAGAAAAAGCAGUAUCAGCAGGUGCCGUUGAAGAACUGGAAGCCCAACUGCGCCUCCACCCCGUUCUUUCCGUCCUUCGCUGCCCCCUCCACCGCUGGAGAGCCUCAGCAGUUCGUGCGACACACUGCUCCGCCGGUGUUCAUGAGCGCCAUGCCAUUCGCUGCUCAGUGCCAGAUGAUGGGCCCCGUGAUGCCAGGGUCGGCCAUGAUGCAGCCUUGCUACGUGCUGCUGCCGCCGAACCAGCAGCUGAUGAUGCUGCCCUUCGACCAGCAACAGCAGCAGUGGGUUGAUGGCCAGCAAGUGGACUACCCAUACCCAUACCCAGGCGCCGGAUGCUGCAUGCUCCCUUACCCGGCCUUUAAUUAGUUUUCGUGUCUUAAAAAUUUCUCUUUCUAUUCUCACUUCGUGCUCGGCAUUCCUCUUCGGUUUUAAAUAAAAAGUCUGCCGUUUAAAUUAAAUUACUGUGGCUGAUUUUCUUCCUGGCUUUGCAUUUUCACACCUCAUGUAUUGCAAGUUUAUGUGGUUGGCUAUAUUUUUAUAAUUAUUUAAAAUGAUGUAAUGAUUAUGUAGAGAGCUAAAACAAUGCAUGAAUAAACUAAAACGGGCAUUCCACUGCA